ACUGCACAUGCCAUGCCCCUAGUUUUUGUGAAUUCCAAGAAUAUGGUUCAAAUCUUCAGGAAAAUUAGUUCACACUGUUUGCACUUCAAACCAUAAGAUGAAAUAAUUUGGAGGUGCAACCCCGUUCAAAAUUUUGAUAGGCGAGGGCCCAGCCCAUUGACAGUGCUAUAAUUUCCCUAUACACCCCCAUAUUUCCCAGUGAACACAUCCUGUGUAGGAAAUCCAAGCCAUGCAAUAUGUGGUACUAUGAAAUCACCUGGCAAAAAAAUCAGGCUGAUCAAUUGAAUUGGUGGGUGGCAUCUGUAAGAUGUGUCAGACCAUCAGCUGUCCAUUGAUUUCAAUGGUGUGGCCCGCAUGAUGAGUGGACUACCCUGAUUUUUUACAAUAGGUGACCUGAUGGCGUGACCCAAGUUCUGCAAAGCCUGGGUAUCCUUCACGUGACACAUUGGCAGGAAAGAUGGGGCUAUGUGUGAAAGUUACCAUGCAAUGCCUGUAUGUGAGCAUUUCUCUUUUUCUAAAACGAUGGCCAUAUUCUGUUUAUAAGUAUGUUUUAAGAGCUUCUUUGAGGGAUUCAUGAAUUCAAACAUUCAGGCUUUACCCCCAUCAACCAUUUGGGAGAUAGAUAUAUAGGUCACACAUAUCUGUUUGGAGUCAGUUCUGGAAUUAGUCAGUGGUUUGUAUUUUUGCAGGCAUGCCUUGAUUGUGGCUUUUUCUACGUCAUCAAUCAUGGCAUCAGCCAGGAAUUCAUGGAUGAGGUUUUUGCCCAAAGUAAGAGGUUUUUCGAUUUACCAACAGAAGAGAAAAUGAAGGUUCUUAGGAAUGAGAAGCAUCGGGGUUAUACACCUGUAUUAGAUGAGAUUCUCGAUCCUGAUAAUCAAGUGCAUGGAGAUUACAAAGAAGGAUACUACAUUGGUGUUGAAGUGCCAGAAAAUGAUCCACAAGCAGAAAAACCAUUUUAUGGACCAAAUGUGUGGCCUUCUGCAGAUCUGUUACCUGGAUGGAGGCAGACUAUGGAGAAGUAUCACCAAAAGGCACUUGGAGUGGCAAAAGCAGUUGCUAGGGUCAUCGCCCUUGCACUUGACCUAGAUGGUGAUUUCUUCGAUAAGCCUGAAAUGCUUGGCGAGCCUAUUGCAACUUUGCGCCUGCUACACUAUGAAGGUGUAAGACAGAUUACAGGUAGAGCCUCUAAUCCAGCAAAUGGAAUAUAUGGAGCUGGAGCACAUUCCGACUAUGGUUUAAUUACACUUCUGGCAACAGAUGAUGUUUUGGGUCUUCAAAUAUGCAAGGAUAAGGAUGCUCAACCCCAGGUAUGGGAGUAUGUAGCACCACUAAAAGGAGCCUUUGUAGUAAAUCUUGGGGACAUGCUCGAGCGUUGGAGUAAUGGUGUUUUCAGGUCUACAUUGCACCGAGUUGUAGUUGAUGGUCAGGAGCGCUAUUCGAUAGCAUACUUUGUGGAACCGAGCCACGAGUGUCUUGUGGAGUGCUUGCCCACUUGCAAAUCAGAGACAAACCCCCCCAAAUUUCCUCCAGUGAAAUGUGGAACUUACCUGAGCCAGCGGUACAUCGAUACACACGUUGACCUGAGCACAUACCAGAAACACCAAGCUUAGAGAAAGAAGCAAACCGUUAUUCUCUAUCUACAAGUGGCUGAAGUUGAGUUCUAGGGUUGAGUCGUCCCUGAGUCUCUUUUUAGCCUAUUUUAAGAAGGCUAUACGGUUCAAUACAGAAGGGUUUCUCUUCUUACGUAUGUAUGCAUAUGAAAUUAUGCGUAGCAGGGCUGAGCCUUGUCCUGUGUACAGGAUGCGACAUUGAGAUCAUGGCUUCCAAUCCCAAUGCGGGGCACAUGCUGUGGUCGUACUCAAUUCAUCCAUGUAGAAUUAUAUGCCAAGCUGUCUCUAUUUUAUUUUCCAAAUUAGUUGGUGUGAUUAUUCCUUUCCAGGAACAACACCAUCUUGAAAAAUCGAGGGGUCAUUCAAAUAUAAGGCCAUUGGGCAGAUCUUGUCCAAAGCUGCUUCUU